AUGGACUCGUACCCAGCUAAGAAAGGAGCCUCUAAGGCUGCCCCGCCUUCUUACUCGGUCACCAAAGGAUCAUCGGAGGCUCUCACAUCUCUAUUGAAUAUCUGCGAGAGCGAGGUGCCUAAAAGCUUCCGACGCUUGGGUGACGUCGCUUUCACAUAUACUUCACCAGAGGGAGACCAAGUGCACUUCCCCACACCGCUCAAAGAGCAAAACGCCAUUGCCGCGAUCAAAGCUCUCGAGGCCUGCGCUGCAGCCGCUCUUGUUGAUCUGCAAUAUGGAAUCGGCGGAGGCCACAGGCGCAUAGAAGUCGAUAUCGACAAGACCUCUUGUUUCUUGAUGUCGGCCUAUCUCACCACCAUAAAUGGAAUGGACAAGGCCCACCCCAGUGUCAAGAGCAAGGUCCCCGAUACCGACCUGAACGAGGCACAAUCGGUGCUAUACCGUCGCCUUUCUGCCAACCUAUACAACACCAAAAACCCCGGCGAAUUUUAUCACAUGCAUGGCUCUCUCGAGGCAUCGACAACGCUAAAGAUGAUCGGACUUCCGUCACACAACGACAAGCUGACAGACUACCGAGCUUGCAUAAAUACAAUAGAGAAGGCGGUCACCAAGUUCACGACCAAGCAGCUCGAGGAGAUCAACGCUCAACACGCGCAAGCCGGCGCCCCUGUGCUGACCUGGAACGAGUUCCUCGCCACGCCCCACGGCAAGGCGCUCUCGUCGCUGCCGCCCUUCACGGUGAAGCCCGUCGAGAUCGCUACUCCGGCCAUCCCUUUCAGUCCCACGGGAUUCGGCACCCCCUAUGCCCUCCGGGGCAUCAAAGUCAUCGAGAUGUGCCGUAUCAUUGCCGGACCCACUAUAGGACGUUCGCUUGCCGCCCACGGCGCCGCAGUCUUGAAGGUAACGUCGCAAAAUCUCCCAGAUGUGCCCUUCUUUCAAGUCGACGUCAACACUGGCAAACAUACAACGUCACUGGACUUGCGGAAUGCCGCGGACAGGAAGACAUUCGAUGAUCUUCUCAGAGAUGCGGACGUUUUGAUCGAUGGCUACCGGCCCGGGUGCUUGGACCGCCUCGGCUAUGGCGCAGAAUCUCUGGCUCGACUGGCCAAGGCCCGCGGCCGGGGAUUUGUAUACGUUGCCGAGGAUUGCUUCGGUGGCACGGGCGUCUCGGGCGCCGAGUGGGCCGGCCGACCUGGCUGGCAGCAAAUUGCCGACUGUGUGACUGGCGUGGCCUGGUCACAGGGCGAGUUCAUGGGUCUGAAAGAGCCUGUGGUCCCCCCAUUCCCAAUGUCUGACUAUGGCACGGGUGCGCUCGGCUGCGUGGCCGCCAUGUCUGGGCUAUACCGCCGCGCCACCCAGGGCGGCUCGUGGGUCUGCCGUACUAGCCUGUGCCAGUACGACGUUUUUCUAAUGCGCCUCGGCCUCUUGGACAAGGACGAGCAAGCACGUCUUCGCAAGGAGCAUCGUUCGGCAUUCUUUGCGCUCAAGCACAACGACUCGGUUGAUGAGGUUGGUAAACGGGCCCUAGAGAGUGUCAAGAUAGUCGCUCCCACUCUGUUCACCGAGAAGAUGAUGCACACGGCCUGGAGCACGAAGUUCGACGCCGUUUUGAGGUGGCCCCGCGAAGCUAUCAAGGUACAGGGCGUCAGGGUCGGUCAUGUGCGUGCUGCCAGGCCUAAUGGCGCCGACAAGCCAUGCUGGGAGGGCUGGGAGGAAGACGCUAUCAUAGACGGCUAG